GCACGGGAGUUCCUGUCCACAUUUUCUUGAACUUGAGGAACAAAACUGGAAUAUUAAACCGAUUUUCACAGUUAAAGAGCCGGAAAUUCCAGACAUGAGACCCGGUCCCAUUGUACUCACAUCUACUAAGACCGAGGAAACCUUUAUUACGAGGUACUCUUCAUACUUAAAAUUACAGAAUGUGACAGCAUGGUGCUUGAGAUUCCAAAAAAAUUGUAAACGUAAGCGCGCAGGUGAAAGUAAAAUCACUGGACCGCCCUCGUUAGCCGAGCUGAGAUUGGCAACAAAUAAACUAGUCAAAAUUGUCCAAAAAGAGGAAUUUUCUGAAGAAAUCCGGCAGCUACAGGCAGGAAAGCUUACUAGUAAUAGACUAGCCCCUCUGAGUCCCUUCACUGAUGAGCGGGGAAUCCUCAGGGUGGGGGGUAGAAUUGGCAACUCACAAUUAAAAUUUUCAUUGAAGCAUCCUGCAAUUCUGCCCAAAAGGGCUCAUUUUACUACCAUCGUGAUUCAUCAUUAUCAUACGUUCUAUAUGCAUGCUGGGCCGAGGCUACUAUAGUGCCUCAUUUCUCAAGAAUUUUGGAUUCUCUCAGCACGCAGCGCUAUACGAGCCCAUUUGCAUAAAUGUGUAACGUGUUACAAGGUUUCACCUACCCCGUUUCAACCGAAAAUGGGAAACCUACCAGCAUGCAGAGUAACACCAGCACGGUGUUUCUUACGCGUCGGUUUGGAUUUUGGCGGGUCUAUUUACCUAAAAACUGGUACGCGCAGAAAUGCAUCUUCGGUGAAAGCGUACAUUUGUCUAUUUGUAUGCAUGGCCACAAAAGCGCUUCAUCUAGAAUUAGUUUCCAGCCUCAGCGCCGAUGCCUUCGUCGCGGCUUUGGACAGAUUUCUGCCUCGUAGGGGACUUUGCGAAGAAAUUUUUAGCGACAAUGGAACAAAUUUUGUUGGGGCAGAUAACUAUCUGGGCGAAGUUUAUACGUUUUUAGAGCAACCUGAGAAUAUCGCAAAGAUCAGGCAAGGGUUAGCUCCCAAGAAACUCUCAUGGAACUUUAACCCCCCCGCUGCUCCACAUUUUGGCGGAAUUUUUGAAGCAGGACUUAAGUCCGUCAAGUACCAUCUGAAACGAGUGAUUGGCGAACAAAAACUGACGUUCGAGGAAUAUAGCACAGUGUUGAUCAAAAUCGAGGCAUUUUAAACUCGCGGCCUUUAUGCCCCCUCUCGUCAGAUGUUGAAGACCUAGAGGUCCUGACAUCAGCCCACUUUAUUGUGGGAGGGCCCCUCCUCAGUUUACCGGAGUAUGACUGGACCCGGGAACCCACGAAUGGACUGUCGAGGUGGCAACUGCUCCAAGCAAUCUCACAAGGAUUCUGGACCCGCUGGUCUCGUGAGUACAUCAAUACUCUACAGCAGCUUCAAAAAUGGACAAAGCACACCGAGCAGAUUAAGGAGAAUGAUAUCGUCUUGCUCAAGGAGGAAACAGCGCCGCCACUCCAAUGGGCGAUAGCGAGAGUGACUGCCUUGCACCCAGGUCCGGACGGUAUCACGAGAGUCGCCACGGUUCAAAGGGCAGAUGGGCGAACGCUGAAGAGACCCGCGGUCAAACUUUGUCGGCUCCCGCUGGACCAGUCAGCAUCGAACUAGCGGCUGAGCUUGAUCUCGCAGUGCACGCACGACGCGUCAUGGAGUUACCGUCAACUAAAUCCCUGUCGAAGUUGUUACUCGGUGCGUGGAUCGACAACGAUGUCGUGAACACUUAUUGUCAUCUGCUUCAGCAGCAUAGACCCGAUCUUCCUGUACCAGCCAAGACGGAACGUCGUUUCAUUUACGCAAACGAGAAGGAAGAACAGAAAUUAUUAUCGAUUAUCUACGAACAUUAUCUACAAUUUCGUCAAGAUUGGCCGAUUGAAGUACGUCGCACUCAAGAUCGUGUCAUUGUCUACAUUGACAAUAUCGAACCUUUUUCCUACUUUGGUGCUCCUAGACUCUCUAAACCUAUCAUAGAGUGUUACAAGCGUGACGGAGAUUUUGCCAUCAUAGAAUCUGGUU